AGCUUCAGGGGGAGAGAAGUGGAGAUGUCUAUCGAGUGUUUCCUUAUUUUUCUGCAGGAAGGCCCGGGCUUGUUGACUUCCCCUCCACUCCCUUCCUUCCUGCUCUCUCUCCGAAGGUACUCAUCUGAAAAAUGAGAACAAAGUGAUUGUUCCUGUUCUCUGUCUUAAGUCUCUUCACAGGCUGGAGGAGAAAGGGCUCAUUGUCCAUCAGGACGGAGACACGAGAAGGCAGGGGAUGGAUGAUAGACCACGGGCGUACCCUGAAAGUGAUGAACUGAACCCCGUGUUGCAUAACUCCUGGUGCAAACGUCCAGACAUCUCUCACCUCCACCAACCAGAAACCAGCGCCGCCGCCUCUCAGAAUGGCCCAACCCAGAUCCUCCCCUCCUGCCGUGGGGCCCGGGGGGGACGCCAGCAGCAGCAGCAGCCCCAAGACCAUCGACCUCUCUCACCUCUCUGGAGCCCUCGCGCUGCCCCUUCUGCUCCCGCCCCGGCCGCCCCUGGAGAUGGUGGACCUGAGCCGGCUGCACCUGCAGCGCGCCCUGGCCAGGUACGACGCACCUGUGCAGGUCAAGCAGGAGAUGCUGAAGCCAACGCCUCUGUGGCCAUCUGCCCCGCUCCUCCUGCCCCGCCCCCCCCUCUCGUCUCCAUACCUGCCCCGCCUCCCCCCGGGCAUGCUGCCCUUCCCCUUCUACAUGCCCGGGCCGCUGAUGCACCUGGCCCCCCCCGGCUCCUUCCACCCGGCCCCCGGGCCCUUCAGGUAUAACCGCGGGGAGGAGGGGUCCAGCAGCCGGCGGGGUUUGGUGGCUGUGGAGCGUCCCACCGUCCACAUCGACGAGAGCUACCUGGUGGAGGUGGGCGACGGGCAGAGGCGCUGGCAGUGCCGGGUGUGCGACAAGUCGUACACCUCCAAAUACAACCUGGUGACGCACGUGCUGGGCCACCGCGGCAUAAAGCCCCACGGCUGCCCGCUCUGCGGCAAGCUCUUCAAGCAGCUGAGCCACCUGCACACGCACCUGCUGACGCACCAGGGCGCGCGCCCGCACAAGUGCCAGGUGUGCCAGCGGGCCUUCACCCAGACCAGCCACCUGAAGCGCCACAUGCUGCAGCACAGCGCCGUCAAGCCCCACAGCUGCGGCGUGUGCGGGCGCGGCUUCGCCUACCCCAGCGAGCUGCGCGCCCACCAGGCCAAGCACGAGCGCGGGCGCGAGAACGUCUGCGUGGAGUGUGGCCUGGACUUCGCCACGCUGGCGCAGCUGAAGCGGCACCUGACCGGGCACCGCGGGCCCGUCUCCUACAGCUGCACGGAGUGCCACAAGACCUUCCAGUACCCCAGCCAGCUGCAGAACCACAUGAUGAAGCACAGCGACGUGCGCCCGCACAUCUGCAGCGAGUGCGGCAUGGAGUUCGUGCAGUCGCAUCAUCUCAAGCAGCACGUGCUGACUCACAAGGGGGUGAAGGAACACAAGUGUCGGAUCUGUGGCCGUGAGUUCACCCUGCUUGCCAACAUGAAGCGUCACGUGCUGAUCCACACCAACGUGCGCGCCUACCAGUGCCACCUGUGCUACAAGAGCUUCGUGCAGAAGCAGACGCUCAAGGCGCACAUGAUCGUUCACUCAAACAUUAAGCCCUACAAGUGCAAGCUGUGUGGGAAGGAGUUCAACCGCAUGCACAAUCUGAUGGGCCACAUGCAUCUGCACUCCGACAGUAAGCCCUUCAAGUGCCUCUACUGCCCCAGCAAGUUCACCCUGAAGGGCAAUCUCACGCGACACAUGAAGGUCAAACACGGAAUCAUGGACCGCGGACUGGAUGCUCGAGUAUUCCGGCGGCGGAAUCGUCUUUGUCUCUCCACCCAGCUGGGCCUGCUGGCCAACUUCAGCCAGGAUGAGCCCUUUGACCUUUCCAGGAAGAGCGCGCCUGUGGCAGGGCUUCGUCUGUCUCAGUCCGAUGGCGAGAGCGUCCGCGGCAGCUCCUGUCACGAGGAGGACGAGGAGAGCCUGUGCGUCCGCUCCUGUCAUGAGGAAGAUGAGGAGAGCCAGGGCAGCCCAGAGCCCUACACACUGGAGGGGGAGCAGCCUGCCGAGCCUCUCAGGGUUCUGUCAGCGGAACCAACCGAGGAACCGGCCGAAGAUAUGGAACCUGUUGAAGAUGAAGAUGAAGAGGAGGACAGGGAGAGUGUUUGUGAUGACUUUGAGAGAAGAGGGGAGAAGCAGCAGAAGCAGCAGCAGCAGCAGCAGCAGCAGCUGUCUUCAGAAAGAGAGCAGUUUGAGUACGUGCGUUAUUAUGACAGUCCCCAGACCUUAGCCUCCCGCGGCGGGGGAGGGGAGCGGGGGCGCUGUGCUGACGCCACUUACAGGGAUUCAGAAAUAAGCUGUGAAUGAGUUCAGUGAUAGGGGAUGUGGGGAACACACAAGCAGGAAAGAAAAGCACAUAUGUUUUAAGGAGCUAUUUUAAAUAAUAAAAAAUUCUAUUUUCAAAAUAAUAUAAUGUUUUUAUAUUCCAAUGAAGGCUUUCGUGUAAUUUUGCUACUCGUAUGACAGAAGUAUUUUUUGAGAAAAAAUGAAUAAAUCUUUCGUUUUAGUUUUGAUUUCAGAAGCAAUGUAUGUGCUAUAAUCAAAUACUGACUGUUAUGAUCAAUCAUUGUCACUGUUGGUUUUGUGUGCCGCUAUUUGUCUUUAUGUAGCAUGAUUCAUGUUCAGUAUGCUAAUUAAUCUCACAAAUGUGACAGAGUUGUUCACUGAAACAUAAAGUCGCUCUCCUUCUGUUGUGAACUGUCUAUGGAAUUAACAAAACUGUAUAUAGGUCUAUUCAGUAGCAAUACAUGGAUACAUUGACUUUAAUAAAAAAUGAUUUUAA